AUGACAACAUCUAACAGAGUCCUUGAUAGUCUCGACUACGAUUACCAGAGCCGCGUUCAAGUGGCGCUUGAUAGUCACGUCGCCAAUCCCGCUCCCUUUGCUGAUCGUAUCAAAUUCUUUGAUAUGAUUACCACUGGCGUCCAGGCUCUGUCCAAGCAUUACCUCGACGAGGCGAUGGAGAUAACUAAAAGGCUAGAGAGAAUUCGUGGCUUGGUGAGCGAUACAAAGAAGGUGCAGAAUAGUCUGGUGGCGGAUAAUGGCCAGCAGGUGGUGAAUGAUAAUGUUGAUAACUAUAGCAAAACUACGUCCAGGUUGAGGAGGGAGUUUGAAAGAGCGAUGCGCGGGGUGGCUGAUUGCGAUUACGCGCUGGUCGAAUUUGGUGAUAUGGUGGCAGAAGCAGAGGGAUUUGAAGAGAAGCUUGAUCUUGAGGAGGCGCUUGGAAGCUUGAACUUGAACAUUGAUUGUGUUUGA